UAAACAACAUCGACUACAAGUGAAAAAAACCAGAGCAAAGACUUUCAAUGGCGGCAACAUUCAGCUGUCGACUAGUCUAACACGCCUACAAUUAAAGCCCGACAGCCAUUUGUUUAAUCAGUCAAUCAAAAUAUGCAUAUAUUCUCCUGGUGAUUCUUCAAUCCAAUUAUUUUUCUCAUCAAAUCAUUCGUUUGCUCAAUAUAAUUUCAACGGAACCAAACAGAAUCGGUCAACGCUGGCUUCAAUUUUACAUGAACCCUAAGAAAUCAUGUUGGAGCUCAAUAUGGGGUUCCGAUUAGUAGCAGUUUUGUUAUUGAGUUCAAUUUAUUUCUGUUCGUUCGUUCAAUCCAGAUGCAGCGGAGGUUGUGAUUUAGCGCUUGGUUCGUACUUCGUCUUACCUGGAAAUGAACUCAUUCCAAUUUCCCAAUACAUGGACACCGAUAUCAACAGUAUUCUGCAGUAUAAUCGUGGGACUAUCCCUAAUCAGGAUAGUGUCCAAUCGUUCAUCAGGAUUAACGUGCCGUUUUCUUGCGAUUGUAUCAACGGGGACUUCUUAGGCCAUAUUUUCAGCUACACUGUUAGGUCUCAGGAUACGUAUAGAGUGAUUGCGAGUGAAAGGUACGCGAAUUUGACGACUGCGGAAUGGAUUCAGAGGUUUAAUUCUUAUCCUGCAAAUCGUAUCCCCGAUGUUAACGUCACCCUUAACGUGACGGUGAAUUGUUCGUGUGGAGAUAGUUCGAUUUCGAAGGAUUAUGGUUUGUUCGUGACGUAUCCUCUCCGGUCAGGUGAGACUUUGGAUUCGGUUUCUUCCGCCGCGAAUCUUAGUUCCGACUUAAUUCGAAGCUAUAAUCCCGAUGCAAAUUUUAGCGCUGUCAAUUCGUUGAUAUACAUUCCGGGCCGAGAUGAAAAUGGAAAUUAUCCACCCAUAAGAACCAGCUCAGGAUUAUCAGGGGGAGCCAUAGCUGGAAUAGCUGUAGCAGUAGUAGCUGGAGUGCUGUUACUUGCAGGUUGCUUAUAUUAUGGAUUUUACAGAAAAAAGAAUUCAGAAAAGAAUCCAGCUUUGUUAAAGAACGCACAGGCUCAACUUAUGCAGUCUCCUCGAGGGCCAGGUGGCACUUCAAUUGGAGGUUCAAAUUCCAGUGGUCAUCCUGUUGGUGCCUCACCUGGGCUUACAGGGAUAACAGUUGACAAAUCAGUGGAGUUUUCAUAUGAAGAGCUUUCAAAGGCUACAGAUGAAUUCAGUCUUGCUAAUAAGAUUGGUCAAGGUGGUUUUGGUGCUGUUUAUUAUGCAGAACUCAGAGGCGAGAAAGCUGCUAUCAAGAAGAUGGAUAUGCAAGCAUCAAGAGAAUUUUUAGCCGAAUUAAAGGUCUUAACACAUGUUCAUCAUCUAAACCUGGUGCGUUUAAUAGGAUAUUGUGUGGAGGGCUCCCUUUUUUUGGUGUAUGAGUUCAUUGAAAAUGGAAACUUGAGUCAACAUUUACAUGGAACAGCAAGGGACCCACUAUCCUGGUCAACUCGGGUCCAAAUCGCCCUUGACUCAGCAAGAGGUCUUGAGUAUAUUCAUGAGCAUACUGUUCCUGUUUAUAUACAUCGUGAUAUCAAAUCAGCAAAUAUAUUGAUUGACAAAAAUUAUCAUGGAAAGGUUGCAGAUUUUGGUUUAACAAAGCUGACUGAAGUUGGAAGUAAUUCUUUGCCCACACGUCUUGUGGGUACCUUCGGAUAUAUGCCACCAGAGUAUGCGCAAUAUGGCGAUGUUUCUCCAAAAGUAGAUGUGUAUGCAUUUGGGGUUGUACUUUAUGAACUUAUUUCAGCCAAGGAAGCCAUAGUUAAAGCAAAUGGCUCUAAUGCCGACUCAAAAGGGCUAGUUGCCUUGUUUGAUGAAGUUUUGAGUCAACCUGAUCCAAAAGAUGACUUGGUCAAGAUGAUUGAUCCUAGGCUCGGGGAUAACUACCCUCUAGAUUCAGUCCGUAAGAUGGCGCAGCUUGCGAAAGCUUGUACGCAUGAGAAUCCGCAACUACGGCCAAGUAUGAGAUCGAUUGUGGUUGCAUUAAUGACGCUUUCGUCCUCCACGGAGGAUUGGGAUGUUGGUUCCUUUUAUGAAAAUCAGACUCUUGUGAACUUAAUGUCUGGAAGAUAGUGACAAGAAUUUGUGAUUACUUUUACCUCUUUGUUUCUUGAUAUAUAUAUUUUUUAUGAUUCUUUUGGGAUGUGCAAGUGUAAUGUAAUGUAUGAACAAAUUAUUUAUUGUUUUUAUGAUGUAGAUUAGUUUGAUGAGUGUUGUAUGAAAGAAAGGGAAUUACAUUAUGUGUAUUACAUGAUAUUAUAUUAGUGGAUAUUAGUAAAUGUUUAUUUUUCCUA